GUCUUCUUUUGUGUGUCAGUAGGAAUAUGGAGCGACAUUUGGUCCAAUGCAGCUAUGCGUCCGUCCACACUGAGGUUCCUCUGUCUCCGCUGCGCCUCUCGCUUUAUUAAAUCCUACCGGAGGCAGCUGACGGUCGGUCGGGCGGACUGACGGACGUGCGUCUGGACUGUGCUGGGAUGUGAUUGCGGCAGUGCAGGCGAGGUGUUGCAGUUCAGACCAUCAUGCCCAUUGCUCUGGCAUCGGCACAGGAAGUGUGUGUGUGAGUGUCCCUGGUCGGCUCUGCUGGGAUGAACAUGCCACUGCACCAAAUCUCUGUCAUCCCCCGUGAUGUCACCUCAUCGCGGGUGUCAGGCAGCGGGAAAGCGAAAGACAAGGACAAGCAGAAUGAAAAGCCUCUGGGUCACUCAGCAAGCAGAUCCAGCAAUAUAUCAAAGGCGGGAAGCCCAACUUCAGUCAAUGCUCCAUGCAGCUUCUCAAGGACAUCCGUGUCUCCUUCCAGCCAGGACAUCUGCAGGAUUUGUCACUGUGAAGGGGAUGACGAGAGUCCUCUGAUCACACCGUGCCACUGCACGGGGAGCCUGCGCUUCGUCCACCAGGCCUGUCUACAGCAGUGGAUCAAGAGCUCCGACACUCGCUGCUGUGAGCUCUGCAAAUAUGAGUUUAUCAUGGAGACCAAGCUCAAGCCGCUGCGCAAGUGGGAGAAGCUACAGAUGACGGCGAGCGAGAGAAGGAAGAUCAUGUGUUCGGUCACCUUCCAUGUCAUCGCCAUCACCUGCGUGGUGUGGUCGCUCUACGUUCUCAUCGACAGAACAGCGGAGGAAAUCAGACAAGGGAUCCUGGAAUGGCCUUUCUGGACCAAGCUGGUGGUGGUGGCCAUCGGCUUCACGGGUGGACUGGUGUUCAUGUACGUCCAGUGCAAAGUCUACAUCCAUCUAUGGAGGAGACUGAAGGCUUACAACCGGGUCAUAUACGUCCAGAACCGGCCAGAAACGUGUAAAAAGCUGGCGCUGGAGAAGCCGCCGCUCAUGGAGCCGAGUCUGGAGAACAAGGAGACUCUGGCUCCCACCCAGUCGGACACAAACUCCUCCCAGUACACAGAGACAGAGGACUACAGUAUGGAGGUGCUCCAUGUCUGACCACCAACUGUCACUCAGUCCAUGCCAUAGGUUGUCCUACUCUACUAUACUACACAUACAAACAGACCCACAGUGAGGAGUAGCAGUCAUGGAAAUGUUUGGUGAGGAACAACCAGAUGCUCCCCACCCUCUGAUCCCAGACUUGACCCACCAAGAUCCCAGAUAGACCAAGACUUCCUUCUAUUCACAUUCCUGUCAAACCGUAUUCCUUCCUCCACCCCUCCCUGAUCCACACUCCCGCCUCUUUCCUUUCCCAGGACCAGACUCUUUUUACUGACUUCUGUAAAUGUCUGAAGAGGCCUGGAUUACACCACUCUACACACACACACACACACACACACAAACUCAUGUGUGUACACCGCCGGGAGAGCAAGACUGAGACAAAUAGACUCACAAACGGCUCCCGAGGUCUACACAUCUCUGAUGCGUGGUUUGUUUGUUGUGGGUUGUGUUAGAUUUGUUUGUUUUUACCUCCUGUGAGUCUUGGGCUAACCUGCCAUGGAUCAGUAUGUAGCGCCGCGCAUCAGAUCUCUGGAACGUUCCAGCUACUGCCCUCUUUGUCGCUGUGGUCUGAGAGUCUGCGCCACCCGACAGAUCCGUCAGCUCUACACAGGCCUGGGUCCUGACCAGGCCUUGAUCUGGACAUGCAUCGAAGCACUUUUGUUUUUUUAGUUCCCACAAAUUCUUCCCCUUCCUCUAUCUUCUCUUCUUUUCCUCUUUAAUAUGAAUUAAGUCUUACAUGUUGUACAUGGGGGAGAGCACACUCAAACAAACUCGGAAAUGUUUGUUUCCUGGGGUUUUUUUUGACAUUGCAUUUCCUCAUACGCACAUAUACGUGUAUAUAUAUAUAAAUAUAUACACCCUCCCAUGGAUGACAAAAAAGGAAUUGGGGGAAAAAGUGGAAUACUGCUGAAAGAAAACAUUGGAGUGUUUCAGUUGAAACAGAAAAAGUGAGUUUUGAAUAUGACACGUGAUCACUAAAUUGUGUUUUGGCUCAUAGCUCUAAUGCAGAUGAUGGAAAAUCCAGCCACAAGACUUCUCUACCCCAAAAUGAACUUUCUGAAGGCUUUGAGAAUGUAAACUUUUUAAAAAAAAAAAUGAUAAAAAAUAAAUAAAUAAAAUAAAAAAAAACAAAACAAAAAAAGCAACAUUUUUUUACUGGUCACAGGAAAUUGCGAGAUAAUUUCCAUGUCUUGAGAUCAUAACAAGAGCCUUUGGGCAUAAACGGCGUCGCUCAUGUUUUUGUAUCAUGCGGAUGACACAGUAUUUACAGUGUGAUAUUCCAUGUGCAGUUUUUAAUAUGUUGAUUUGUUUGCUUAGUCAUGGGAUAUGCCUUGAGAAAUCCACCGCUGUCUGCUCUCAGUCUGUCUUCCCAUCGCUGUUAUUCUGCAUUAAAAAAAACCCAAACAAACAGGCUGUAACUGGCUUUUUAAAUUUGACUGCUUAAAAUAAACAUCACAGUACAUCUCUUCAGUUAUGUCAGUGCACUUCAGCAGAGAGUUUAGGGUGCUAGACAGACAUCUGAUGUUUGGAUGUGACAUAUAGGAGUAUUAAUGAGCAUUUCAAUGGCACAAAAGUCCUCAGUUUCAGUGAAAAGUGUCUUGUUUCUUGCCAGACUCUCAUCACAUGGUGGAGGAGGAUCUAUUUUAGUAUUUAAUCACAAGACAGCCAGCAUGUUGCUUCUUCUGUUUGAUUGAAAAAUGAUUCUCUCACAUCUUGGCCGUACGUGGCUAAAAUGAGACAAAUUGUCCCAACACACGUUUCUCAAAAGAAGCACGGUGAAGCACAUACUGAAUACUGUCAGCACAUUAUUUCAGCAUUAAGAUGAUUUUAUAUCAGUGUGUAACAUUUUCACUGCACUUUCAUCAAUAAACAUAAUUUAUUAGUGCAACACAUCCAUAUGUAUGCAUCAUCACUCACUGAGGAGCUGCAGCGCCACUUGCUGGUGCAGUCUGAGAUGGGCAGCAGUUGAUUUCUUAGGGCGACUUGUUUUGGGGCUUACAGUCAUUGUAAGUGCUUUUGUCUAUGUGGGAGCACAGCAAUGCCGGGCUCAUGUUGAGCCUCACAGCCAUUCCAGCAAAACACACAUUUUUAAAAGAAAAAAACUGUCUUUGAUACCAGUAUACUGUCUGUGAACAACGAUGGUCCAACGACAUACCUGACGAUUACUGCUCAGCAGCAGCAGCAAUAACUGAAAUCAGCGCUUUGUUCUUUGCAGCAAUGCAUACUGUACUUGUGUAUAUGCCCCUUGGUGACUUGAGAUCUGGAGUCUAAUAUAAUUUUAAUACAUAAUAUGAGCCGAGGGAGUUGUUGGGUGUCGAGUCAAAUUAAGACCUAGUAACGAGAAGGUUCUCUGAAACUUCAAUACCCACGAGGCUCUGUGCAAUUAGACAGAUAAAAAGUGCAAUUACCCUUUUGUUGUUGUUCUAUUCUAUAGUUAUGUACUGGUGUUUAAUGUCCAGGGCGUCCUCUGGGUAUAAAAUGAUUAUUUCUUCAUUUUGUGUUGUAUUUAUUUUUAAAAGAAAACAGAGUACAAUUUGUUCAUUUAAAAAAAUCCCUUUCAUUGGUAAUUUUAUGCAAUUUACACUUAAUUUUUUUCCCAGGCAUAAAUACCAGAAAAUCAUUUUCACUCUUUGUUUUGCACUUACUUGUUGCAUCAUUUAGAUAUUAGUGUUGUUAGAAAACAAAGCAAAACAAAACAAAAAAAAACCUUGGUUGCACAUCCUUAAUGUGAACAUCUGCUCUUCCUUCUGCUUUUUAAAUUGCUUGUUCAAUUUUGUUUUAAAUAUGCAGUAUCUGGACCCACACCAUCAAACUUGAUUAUUUCAUGUUAUUUACAUAUAAACAACAUGAAAUAUUAACAAAUAUGUCUGAGAUUGUUAAAAUGAUUAAAGACGGAUUGUAGAUCGUUGUUUUUUUCACUUUCUUUCACUUACUGAUAGGAGCUGGCUCCUUUCAUGAAGUCUGAGACAGAAGUUAUGAUAAAAAAAAAAAAAUUGAGGCCACAUUAGGACACUUUUUUUUCCACACUAGCAUGUUCCUCUCUGAGAGCAGCUUUGUCUUUCUCUCUUUCUUAUCGUCUUAUCUAUCACCCUGGCCUGAUUUCUGAAUUUUUAUUACCCUUUUGAGCUGGACGUCGACUGAGAAGGAAAGGUACUUUCUCAGCAACACUGUCCCAGUAUUGUAGGUUGAAGUCUAGAUUCUUCUGUUUCUGUCUCCAUCCUGUUUGCUUAAACCUGUCACGUCUGGGAAAAGUGUAACUUGCAUAAAGCUACAUUUGUUUACUACUGACUGGACUUGAACAUAAAUGACUGUUCCCCUGUCUUAUGAUAUCAUUCCACAAGUUUGUCUGUGAAUUUACUUUGGAAUAGUAACUGUAAAAACUUUGGUAAAAAGUACUUAUGUUUUUAAAAGAAAUCUUGAUGUGUUUUGACUUUAAUUUCCCAUGUUUGAACAAAGUAUGUAGAAUUAAAAAGAACAACCAAAUAAAAA